AUGGCCCAAUCCACCGCCCACCGCCGCCUGCUCCAAGAGUACCGCGCCUUGACAAAUAAUCCCCCAGAAGGCAUCACCGCCGGCCCCGUCUCCGAAGACGACCUCCUCCACUGGGAAGCCCUGAUCCAAGGACCCGAAGGAACCCCUUUCGAAGGCGGUGUCUUCCCCGCCGAGCUCAAGUUCCCCAAGGACUAUCCUCUUGCCCCGCCGACCAUGAAGUUCCUCGUCGACAUGUGGCAUCCGAAUAUCUACCCAAGCGGCCUAGUCUGCAUCUCCAUCCUCCACCCGCCCGGCGACGACCCAAACCACUACGAACACGCCUCGGAGCGCUGGUCCCCGAUCCAGUCGGUCGAAAAGAUCCUCAUCUCCGUCAUGAGCAUGCUCGCCGAGCCAAACGACGAGAGCCCCGCCAACGUCGAGGCCGCGAAAAUGUGGCGCGAGCGGAGGACAGAGUACGAGCAAAAGGUCCGUGACGGCGUCCGGCGAUCGCUCGGCCUGUAA